ACACGUGUGUUUUGUUUUGUUUUGAUGGUUUUGGUCUUCAAAUGGAUUUCGCCAAGAAGUUACUCGGAAAGUACGGCUGGAAGGAGGGCGAUGGCCUGGGCAAGAACAGCACUGGGAUUACGGCUCCGCUGAAGGCCAGCUUGAAGUUCGACAACGCGGGACUGGGGGCGGAUCGGGCCCAGGAAUUCAAUGACCACUGGUGGGAGCGCUGCUUCAACGAGGCAGCCAGCAAUGUGGAUGUCCAGGUUCAGCAGGACGGCAAGGUGCUGACCUCCCGCAGGGAGGGCGAGGAGGCGGUGGAGAUCUCCACCAGCGGAUACUCCGCCCGGAAACUGAAGAAGGCCAAGGAGCAGCACGCCAGCGAUGGAAGAGCCACCUACGAGAACUUCCUGCAGACCUCGCUGCUUACCCAAGACGGCGGCGAGGUGGAGACAGCCGAGCGCAUCAAUGUGGAGGACAUCGAGGUCAGCAAGGUGACCGUGCUCACGGACGAGGAACUCUUCAAGGCCUGCGGGGGCAGGACGGCGCACAAGGGAGCUCGGCAUGGCCUCAAAUUGAGCGGGAAGAUCGCCCGUUUGGAGCAGCAGGAGCGCGAGAUGCUGGAGAAGCUUCAAGGCAAACUGAAAACUCCUUCCGAGACAGAUCCUGUUAAGAAAACCAAACGGAAGGCGGACUCAGCCGAAGAGUUAGUUCUGGAAGAACAGAAAGAAGCUGAAGAUGCAGUGGAGCAGCCUGAGAAGUCCAAAAAGAAGAAAAAGUCCAAGAAGUCCAAGGCGGUGAAGUCGGAAGAGGAGGUUAUAAGCGAGGAAACUCAAGAAGAACCAGCCAAGACUAAAAAGAAAAAGGAUAAAACGAAAAGACCGCAGGAAGUCCAAGAAGAUACAGAGAUCCUAGUGGCGGAGCCCGUGAAGAUAAAAAAGAAGAAAGCGGAUAGAUUACAAGAAGUGUCAGAGGCAACAGAGGAAACCACUCAAGAUAGGGAUACUGAUGAGCCCGUGAAAUCAAAAAAGAAGAGGAAAACAGAGGAUUCCAUCGAGGAAACUGAAGCUCCUAUGAAGAGCAAAAAGAAGAAAAAGAACAAGGAGCUUUAGUUAAGUCUAGUCUAAAAUAAACUAUGUUAGGACAAAUUAAAAUAUAUACAUUACAUACAAACUUAUAAAUGGAACCUUGUAUAUUAACGACUAUUAGAAUCUAGAAAUAAAACCAGCUGAGUGCACAUAAA